GAAAGAGCUCAGCGGAACAACCUCUUUGAAGUGAAACGUUUAAACACACAAUGAGGACCUUCACCUUGAUAACAUCUCUACUUCUCUGCAGCCUCAACUGGAUCUCUGUCUCAGCUUCUGAGUCUCACACUGUGGACGUCCAGUCUGGUGGAGACGUCACUCUGAUGUGCUCCAACAUUUCCAGCACUCCAACGACAUCAGAAUGGUUCAGGGUGAUCAACAUAAAGAAGCCCAGCUGCAUCUCCACUCUUUACCCACAUGAUAGCAAUGCUUCCUACUGUGAUGGAUUUCAAAACAGAUUUGAGAUGAGCUCCAACAUCUCUACUGUCUUUCUUAAAAUCAAGAUGGUGGAGUUAUCUGACUCUGGAUUGUAUUUCUGUGGAAUCUUCAUAGAUAAACAUACAGUCAUUGUCAAUGCAACACAUCUAAAAGUUCAAGACUCUACCAUUAACCUAGAGGAGUCUGAUGGAAUGACAAACCUCAUGAGUGUGAUCCUGGGUGCUCUGACUGUUCUGACAGUUUUCCUCUUUAUAGUCACCAUUGUUCUGACUGUUAAAAUCAGUAGACCUCAGACAGCUGUGAUUGAAGAACAGCAGCCAGAAAGAAACCAGGAUUUGGGCUCAGAUGAACUGAACUACGCAGCUCUAAAUUUCCAGGCAAAACCCAAAAGAAGCCGCAGGCCGGCAUCAGAGAGAGAGCUGGAGCCACAUGUUGUGUAUGCUGUAUGCUAG